AUGGCUUUCGCCGACCUCUUGGAGCACGUGGGGGGCAUGGGCCGCUUCCAGGUGGCCUCGGUUCUCCUGCUGGCCCUGCCCGUCCUCAUGCUGGCCAGUCACAACCUUCUGCAGAACUUCACGGCCGCCGUUGGCCACCAUCGGUGCCGGUUGGGGUGGGAGGUCAACGCCACCACCCCCCACCUCCAGGACCUCUUGAAGGUCUCGGUUCCUGGUGACGACCGGUGCCGACGUUUCGUGACCCCCCAGUGGUGGCUUUUGGAAGCCAACGGCACGGGAGCCAACGGCACUUGGCCAGAGACGGAGCCGUUCGGCCGCCGGGCGCUGCUCACCUGGUGCUACCUUCAGCUGGCCACCAUGGGGACGUGCUCCUCCUUCGCCCCCACUUUCCCCGUCUACUGCCUCUUCCGCUUCCUCACGGGCAUGGCCUUCUCCGGCGUCGUCCUCAACAGCGUCUCCCUCUCUUUGGAGUGGAUGCCCACGCGCGCCCGGGCGCUGGUGGGGACCUUCAUGGGUUACUGCUACACGGGCGGGCAGUUCCUGUUGGCUGGCAUCGCCUCCUCCGCCUUGAGGUCCUACAUGCAGCAGGAGAUGCCUUCAUCCAGGAGUCGCUACACGGUGGUUGACCUGGUCCGGACACCCGUCGUGCGCCGCAUCUCCUGUUGCCUCUGCUUCGUGUGGUUCUCCACCAGCUUCGCCUACUACGGCCUGGCCAUGGACCUGCAAAAUUUUGAUUUCAACAUCUACAUCAUCCAGCUCAUCUUCGGGGCUGUGGACAUCCCGGCCAAACUGGUCUCCAUCCUCACCAUCACCUUUGUGGGCAGGCGCUUCACCCAAUCCCUUGCCCUCCUCCUGGCUGGCUUGGCCAUCUUGGCCAACAUCCUGGUGCCACGAGACCUCCGGACGCUCCGGACCGCCCUGGCCGUCUUUGGGAAGGGUUGCUUGGCCUCAUCCUUCAACUGCGUCUUCCUCUACACGGGGGAGCUCUACCCCACCGUUAUUCGGCAGACAGGUAUGGGGUUGGCCAACACCAUGGCCCGCCUGGGCAGCAUCACGGCCCCCUUGGUGAAGAUGGGAGGCGAGGUCUUCCCCGCGUUGCCCUUCAUCAUCUACGGGGUGGCCCCCGUGGUGGCAGGCUUGGUGGCCAUCUUCCUGCCAGAGACGCGGGACAUGGCACUGCCCGAGACGGUGGAGGAGGUGGAGAGCAG